AUUAAAAUUAUACAUCACAAGUUAUAAGUUGGACACUUAAUUUGGAGAUUAGAAUUUUUCAACAAAUAUUCAGAUAAAUAGGUGAUUCAGCUUAAAUAUAUUUUAUACGUAUUAUUCCAAUAUUAAAAAGAAUAGGAACGGCUUUCUUAGUUUCUUCAAGUAUGAUGCUUUUUAUGUUAUUGUUCAGUCGACAAGGCAAAUUGCGUUUGCAGAAAUGGUAUAUGGCUUAUCCGGAUAAAGUAAAGAAGAAAAUAACUAGAGAAUUGGUAACCACAAUCCUUGCUCGCAAACCCAAGAUGUGCUCUUUUCUAGAGUGGAAAGAUUGCAAAAUCGUUUAUAAGCGAUAUGCGAGUUUAUAUUUUUGUUGCGCUAUUGAACAAAAUGAUAAUGAAUUGUUAACUCUCGAAAUCAUUCAUCGUUAUGUCGAACUAUUGGAUAAAUAUUUUGGAAGUGUUUGCGAAUUGGAUAUAAUUUUUAAUUUUGAGAAAGCAUACUUUAUCUUGGAUGAGUUGUUAAUUGGUGGUGAAAUACAGGAGACUUCCAAAAAAAAUGUGCUUAAAGCAAUUGCAUCCCAGGAUUUACUACAAGAGGAUUUCAAUGAGUAUUUAAAUUAAUUUAAUAUACUUAUUCAAUUUAUUACAUAUGCACACUAAUUUAUAAUGUUACUAUGUACAUAACAUACUAACCUUCGUAGGGUUUAAUACACUAAGUACCAAAGCUACUGGUUUGGUUAAAGUUGAGUUGUUAAUUUGUAAAUCUUAAACUUUAUAAUUUACAUAUGUACAUACAUAAUUAUAUACAACGGAUCACACGAAUAAAUAAAAGUAUAAACUAUGAAACAACGAUCGAUUAAUAUCAACACUAAAGCGUCUAUUCGACGACAGCCAGUUCUACAUUGUCGGAAUUGCGCCGGAUUUUAUGAUGCAUAGGCUUUUUUAGCGAUCUAAUCUCUUUAGAUCGGUAAGUAGAAAUAUAACAAAAACUCAACCCGGUUGCACUGUAAACCUUGAUCCAUACCAGAAUUAAGUCCGAGGCAGAUGCUGAAUCUGAAUUUCACUCACUUUGAGUGAUAAACGUAGUAACGGAACGAACUCAGCGAGGCAUAAGACAUUUACCAACUACUGGUCCAUCACAUGUUAUUUUCAAUUAUGCUAGACAAUAUUAUGCGGUUAUUCGGUAUGCGGUUUCGAAAACAAAUAUCGUUAUACAUAUGUACUUUUUACUCGGCUAGUGUCAUUUUCAAACUAGUGUAAUAGUGUUGCUAACUAAGCAUUAUAAAUACCAGCAAGUAUUGUAAGAGACAACACGAUCUAUGCAUCAAAUCAUAAUCUCUGAAGUAUUACGUGGCAAGACAUAUUUGAGACCUUUAAUUUAGCUCUGUAACUCUUCGCGAUACAUUAAUAAAUAGUGCCGGCCAUUGGACGAAGAAAACAAAAAAUACGUAUUUCUUAGAAAAUUAUUCUUGAAUUUGCCUUGUCAGGUCAAAAUUUACAAUUAAAAUUUCUGUUUAUUUGCCAUAUUUGUCUUGACGACUGUACCAGAAUCAACUACAUAUCACCUGAAAUGCAAAAUAACGUAACAACAUUUUCGGAAAUUUACAGUGGCAUGAGUGAAACACGAAAUAAAAUGGAACAUGAGCGAAAAAAAAUUAAUAUUGGUUAAAACUGGUUUACAUCUGAGCGCAGAACCUAAAAAUGUUGAACAUAUGUAAUAUUAUGUAUGUAAUUUGAAGUAGUGAAGCGUAAUCAAUAAGACACUCAAUAUCGAAUUUUUUGAUGAUACGUUAUUUUGCAUUUCAGGUGACGAUAUGUACAUAUGUUCAAAAGUUUACCACUACUCCUAUUUUUCUAGCUUUUUUAACUUUGUCUCAAUUGCUUUAUGAAUACUAAAUGUAAUAAAUUUCUACUUAUGACAUUGACACACUUGUUUUGAAAAUUGUCUUAUAAAAUAAUUUUCAUUAGUAAAUUAAUAUACUAAAUCUACUGUUUGUUUACUUAUUUAGUUUUUACCCUGCCACUACUAAGUGUUUAUUAAAAUUAUCAUUUUAUUCUAUUAACCGUAUUCAGACGAUAAUUUAUUUAUUUGUAAAUCUUAUUUAUUUUCUUCAUAAUACAUACAUACAUAUAUGUAUAAGUAAAUGGUCAAGAUUUAUUCUUGCACAUAUUUACAUAUGGGUAUACUUUUACAUACAUAUGUACAUACAUAGUAUAGUCAUUAAAAUUCAUUAGAUGCGGUAUAAGAUUCAUCGAUGAAGUUAAUGUUUCUUUCCAACAUGUUUAUUUUUAAAAGGUUGAGUAAUUCAUACCUUAACUAAUAAAAAAAUUCGAAGUAAACAAAUUAGAGGUUUGUUUGAAAAUUUCCAGUAAUAGACUUUAUCCCAUAUAGGCAACCCUUCGUACAAAUAGUUUGGGGAAACAAAACCUAUAAAAUAAUUUAUCUAAAAAAAUUGGCUUCAUUCACUCCCGAAAGAAUAUGUGUUGUAUUGUGUGAUCGUUUUUGUUGUUUAUAUUGUAUACAUGUGUUGUCAACUCCAAAUCUACAGAAUACGUUUAUAACUGAAAAAUAUGAAUAUCUGCAAGUGAGUAGCACCAACUGUAUUUGUAAAUUUUUUUUUUAUUAUAAUUAUAUAAUAUUAUUAUAUUAACUGUUACACCUUUUUUAAUUCAUUGCAAUCGUAUUUAUGAGUUAUGUAUGGCGCUAAACAAAAAAUACUGAUAGAAUACUUUUACUUAAAAUAUAUGUGUAAAUAAUAUAUACUCAAGUACUAUAUGACAUCGACGAUUUGAUCGAAGCGACCUAGAUAAAAAUAAACAUAAUUUUAGAUUUUUAAUACAUUAGUAUACUGAGUUAUAUAAAUGUAAUAUAUUGAUAUUCGUAUAAAAUAAAGAAAACCUGUUAAUGUUA